GCUCGCGUUGAGGCGUCCCGGGAGAUCGGUGGGUGCAGCCCCGCAGCAAGUUGGCACCGCCGGGAUGCGGAAGGGCAGCGCAGCGCUCCGCACCCCUCCCGUUAGGGCUGCCCCCCCCCGGUCCGCUGUGUGCCCGGUCACGGAGCCGUCCCGCGGUGCAGAACGGGGCUGCCGGGCCCAGCUGUGGCUCUGCGGUCGCGUUUUGUGUCAUCGCUCCUUGAAUGCACAGCGGCUGUUGGAUGCUGUUUGCUGCGGGCGAGCUGAAGGGCAAAGGGAGCAAUGUCACCGCGGGUUGGUGGUACCCGGGGGAUGCGGGAUGCAGCGUGGGAUGGGGUUUUUGGGGCCUCUGCAGUGAGCGUCAGGGCAUGGAGCUCUCCUCUUGCUGAGGGCUGAGCGGGGCAGCGGGGGCUGGAGUCAUCACCAGCGCACCCGGCUGCUGGGCUGGGUCAGCAGAGUGCACGGAUGGUGUCCUGGAACGGCGGGGUCUCUGCAGAAUAAACCCCGUGGCAGUUCUGGGUGCUCCCCAGCAGGAGGGAGAACGGCUCUGGGGUGAUUCAGCAACACAGGGAUCCGAUGGCAGCCAGGUGGAUGGAGGCAACUGGUUGGCUCCGAGGGCUGAGAGGAGCCUCAGAGGUCUCCUGACCAUCCAUCCAUCCUCUGUGCAGGGAUGGGGAUCCUGCAACAGGUUUGUGAUGCCUGCGUGCCAGCGCUCUGUGAGGUGCUCCUUUCCUACGGUCCCAGUGGGGAAGUCGCCCAGACUCCCUAAGUGCUGGGUUGUUUUUUUUUUGGAGCUGUGGCCGUGAGGUUAAAGGAAAGGAUGUAGCUCAUCUCACGUGACCUCAGCUGCUGGUUGCCCCAUUUGCAGCGCCAAACUGGCUCCGACUGGGGCGCAGAGUGCCGUGCAGAUCCCAAAUGCGGAAAGGUCACCUGACGUUGUGGAUAUUUGGGCUCACAUAGGACGUACUGGGCACGGUGGUGAUGGGCUGGGGUUGGACUAGGUGAUCUUAGAGAUCUUCUCCAACCUUAAUGACUCUACAGUUCUGCGAUUCGGUGCGACAUUCUUCUGGUUAGGAUCACUGCAGCCAAGCAAUCGCCUCUGGAAUCUCUCCCCUCUGCAGCCCGAGUUUCCCUCCUGAGCUUGGUAUUCAUCAUGGCACUGAGUGAAUUGAGGGAUUUGGGAUGUAAAGGUUGGAAUUUGCUUCCCGAGAAAUGAUUGAUGCAUGAAUGAAGCAAACGACACCUAAUUCAGAGCAGGAGGUGGCAGGAAUUGUGGUUCCCUCUCUCUUGGCUUGAUGGUUGAGGAUUGAACAGAGCCACUCUUUAGCAUCUUGGGUGACAAGGAAGGUCCCUUGUCCUUCUCUCAGCUCUUUCCUUGUCUCCUCUACCCUUGGAGCCAUGUCACCUUGCUUCAUGUCAUCAACACUCCCUUGAGAAGCCAGUUAGUAACCCAUGGGUCUCACCACAUCCAUAGCUCCUGCCUGAUGCCGGGCGGCAAUCAGAGAAUCAUGGAAUCAUUCAGGUAGGAGAAGACCACUCAGGCCCCCAAGUCCAACCCCAGCCCAUCUCCAUGGACCACGGCCCAUUCUGAGCUGGCCCGCUGCCACCCAUUGCAGUCACCGUGGCUGUGCAGAGCGGGCAGGUGGAGGACACAGUGCUAUUUGAAGGGGGAUGGCAAAGGGUGCUAUUGGGGUGUCCCAUGGCAAGCCUGGGAGCCAGGAGUGGGGAGUUCCUCCCACAGGGGCUGCUUCCACCUGGCCUGGGCUCUGCUCGUGACUCUGUUUGCCUUUCUGAAGGGUGAGUUGGGGUCGGGGGUGUCUGUCGCAGGGGCUGGAGGAGCUCAGGAGUGCUGCUGUGAUGGGUAGUGCAGCUGGAGCUGUUAGUUGUUGCCUGGGGAGACCUUCUCCAUGCCUCUGUGUGGAGGUUUGACGCUGCUUGUGCCAUAAAGCAGUGCUGGAUGUGACAGCUGCUCUCCCUUGUAUGCUGAGGGAUGCUGGGAAGGGGGAUUUGGGACAUGGCCCGCAUUUCCAGCCCUUGGCAGAGGCAGAAGGGCUUGGUUUUGCUUAGAUUUUGGUGUGCUUUGUGCUGGGCUGUAGGAGCUGCUCUCUGAUCCCAGUGCAGCUGGAGACCUGCACCUUUUGCUGAGCAUCUCAAAGGCAUCUUUAGGAAUUAGUUUCCAUUUCUGGUUUCUUCCCAUUGUGGGGGUUGAAACUAUUCAGGUCCUGACCCAUUACUCGGUGUGACCCAAAUGUCAGCACCGCUGCCUCUAAGCCCAUCAGCCGUGCGUGGGGCUGCUGCCAUCCCCUGUGUGCAAGGAACAUGAAAGCUGCAUUGGGGAUGUCUGCAGGAAGAGUGGCUGCCUGGGUGAGGUGUGCAUGGGAGAGGGAGAAGAGUGUGCACCCAGGGAGGCACGAGGCAGGCCGGGCUGAAAUCCUUUCUCUUUUUCAGGUAUGGGAGCAAAGGCAUUUCUGUGUGUGGGUUGGGGUAACUGGGUCCGAACAAAACGCCCCGGGAGAAAUGGGGAGAAAAGCUUCCAUUAGGAGACCUCCAGCCUUCUGUGUGCACCAGAGCUUAUUGAUUGCAACCCGCUGAGCUGCUGAAAGGCGCUGACUAGGUCAAUGUGCUGAAUGCCCUUCUUGCCUGAAGCCAGCGCCGUGUCCGUGCUGUAGAGCUGGCAAUUGUGUGCAGUGUUCCCCUGCCCUCCCCACCCCCCUUGCCAAGGCUCCACAUCCUCUCUGGCAGCUUGUCACUUCUCUGCAGAUGUCUAGACAGGAGGAUUCAGUGCGUGUCAGUUAUGCCUAAUUCAUUAAAAAAAAAAAAAAAAAAGGCAACCACAACACAACCCUAUGGAGAGCUGGGGAUUCUCGGUCCUGCAGACUCAGCGCUGUCUGUGGCUCUCAGAUUAAUUCCACUGCUUGCAGGAACAGCGCAAACCUUGCUUGCCAUCCCCAGUACGAGGCUUUGGGGAACAGGAGGAGGGAUGUGGGGGGGCACAACCAGCUCUGUAUGGGGGAUCUGCCGCCCCAUGGGGUCAUUGCAGUGGCAGUGCUGGAUCUGCAGCUCAGAGCAGCGCACUUGCCGGUCCUGAGUGCCCUCUGCUUCCUCACAAUUGCUACCUUCAUCUCUUCCAGGCUGAACACUCCAUUAACCUCCUGUUAAACACGAGCUGCUGCGUGCUACCCGUUCAGAUUCCCUGGGUGCAGGUUGAGCGAGGAAGGGCCGAAUUUCCCAGCGCUGUAGUGAGGGCACAGAGUGUCCUGUCUGUGCCAGUGAUGCUGGGACAGGCUCUGCUGAGGACUGUUGCCCAGAUUUAGUGCCCUGGGUGUAUACAGCUGGAUGAUUUCCAACGUGCUUCAAUCACGUUUGCUGUCGGGAAGGGAGCAGGAGAGGCAGCAAAGCAAUAUAUUUUAGCAUGAGCCGUGUCAGGCCCUCUGAAAUCAGCAAAAAUUUGGGCUAUCUCAGCUUGAGGUCUAAGGGCAGGUAGCGUGCAUCAGCUUCAGCUUGUGCAAACAGCGCUGCUGCCUUAGAGGUGCCGACUGCAAGAGGAUUACUGAUGCUAGCUUAAAGCUUCUCUUCAGGCUCAGCCCUCAGAGCCCAGAGAUGCACCAGAAGGGAUGGCUCAGCAAGUGCACACGGCUUAAUGGGACCUCCGUGACGCCAGAUGGAAGGGGAGAUGCGUGGGCAGCCUGCAGCGUGCCCAGCCAGGUCCCUGGGUGUCGGUACUGCUGUGUUCGUGGCCUCACGCUGCAGCAGCACAACAGCAGCUAUUGUUCCUGCCAGCUCAGCUGGUUGUGUCUCAUGAUUGCUGAAGGGAAGGAGCAGUGCCCGGAAUGCAGGAGCACGUCUUCUCCCCAGCACGGCUCCAAGAGGGAGAAGGUGCUUCCCCACCCAUGGCUGAGCAGCGGUUGCCUGUGACCCCAUCUUCUGCCCAAUCUGGCCCCUCUCUGAGUUUUAACAUUCAUUGGGUAUCUCAGUUCGUUAUGGGAACGCUGGAUGCAGAAGGAUGCUUGCUGGGAAAGGGUUCAGGACCCCUCCCGGUGGGGUUGGAGAUAGGGAUGCUGAGUGCUGGCCUAGGGCUGUUUUCACCUUCUCCCCACAUCUGGCCAGCUGUGCAGGAUGUCUGCAGGCGGGCACAAAGAGCCGUUCUGCUGGGCCUUCCUGGGGAAGGGGCCGGCGGCGAGCUUCUCCCCGGAGGAUGCUCUGUUCCCUGCUUAUUGCUCGGCACGCUUCUCUUCACUCUCGGCAAAAUAUGUUUUUUUGUGCGGAGAGAACAGACCUCCCUUUGGGCAGGGAUCAUUUGCAUUAAUUAACAGAGCUGUUAUGCAUGGCCACGCUCUGUCGCAGAGGAGCCAAACAAACGCCUGCUUUUUUUUUUUUGUCAUAACCCAGGAGUCGUUACAAGUCAGCACUGCAUCCGCUCCGGCUGAUGCGUAACACGUGCACUUGGGCUGCUGCAUGCCCCACAAAAGUGGGCUUGUAUGGACUCCCCCCCCCCACCGCCGGAGCCCUGCACACUGCCUUACUGUCUCCUGUGGUCCAGGCGCUGUUCCCUAUUAAUUAUAUCUUAGCAGGGCUCAUAGACCUUCAUUUCCUGGGAAUGAAGUUUGCUCCUCCAUGUGCUGAUGCACGGGGCCAGGAGGGAGAGGGGCUUUGUAGGAGCUGUUUCUCUGUUCAGACCCUAAGGGAGGACCUGUCCGUGGAGCGGGGAUGCUGCUGGGGACCUGGGCUCAGUGGGGGGGUUGGGGUGGUGUCUCCCUUGUGUGCUGCUUGGUUGCUUUGGAGUGCAGUGGCACGGCUGCAGCAUGGAGCAUCAGGACAUUGGAAGUGCUGCUGGGGCUCCGGCUGAGCUCAGAGGUUCACUGCAGGGAAUAAUGUCACCCUUGUCACUUCUGCAUUUGUGCUUGCCCGGAGUUGUGCAAUGACUCAGUGGAAGGGCUGGGAAGAGAGCCCAACGCUUCCGACCCUCUUUGGAAAUGCGUUUGAUUGCUGGAGCUGAGGAUGCGCUGGCAGCAGCGUACCCUUCAGCUGUGCCCUCUGUCUGUCCCCACCGCUGCAGCCACAUCCCGUGCCACCCCCGGGAGCCACGCUGUCCUCCCCGCCCUACAAGCACCCUGUCCUGCCUUGUCCCCUCCAUGCCCUCCCAGCAGCAGUGAUGGAGAGAAGGAUGCUCGGUGGUGCGUUAAAGAGAGGAACCAGCUGGAGCAGGUUGGGAGGACCCUCAGGCUUGCAGCUAAAGAGAGGAACAAAGGAGUGAGGGCAACGUCUGCUCCACUGCUAAAUCAGGUCUGGUCCCAGGUGCUGAUAUCGCAGUGCCUUCAUGCAGCAAGGUCCGCGCGUGUUCUCUAUAGGUGUGUCCUGAGGGUGCUGCAGCUUUCUGCAGAGCUCAGCUCAGGGCUUAACUCAUGACAUCAAGGGCACGGAGCACCCUGCUCUCGCUGCUGGAAAGCAUUGCCUUCAUGGUGUGCCCGCUCUGGCAGCGAAGAGGGAAUCUCACAUCACGCUGACGAUGCACGGAGAAGAGGGCAUUGCAGGCCUCUCUCCCACUCAGAAAAGAUGUUUAUUCAUCGUUUCCCUCCCCCAGACUCUAGUACAUGACACAACUGCUAUUUAAACAUGAAUAGAGCUUCCGCGGCUCAGGCGGCACAGCGUGGGGGGCUCUAUUUUUAGGCUGGCGAUGUGGAGGUGUCACGAGGCGCUGGGGGGGGGGGGUGGAGGGGAUUCUCUCGCCGCAGGGAUGCGGGGGCAGGUGCAUGGAUGCAGCACGAUGACUUCCUUCCUUCCUCCACGCUGCUUUCUCCUUCCGCUGCCUCCCCUCCUCCCUCUCAGGAUGCUGCAGUGGGGCUGCUGGGUGAGCUGGGCUGUGCCUGGUUAGGGGAUGCAGGAGGGCAGCGUGCCCUGCUUGUUGCUUGUUCAGGCUUCGUAGAGUCAUAGAAGAUUCCGAGUUGGAAGGGACCUAUAAGGAUCAUCAGGUCCUUAUAAACAUGGCAUAUUUAGGCCGUGUGUAAUCAGUGCAAGACAGGCGUGCCCCAGUGAGGUGUCUGAGGUCGGUGAUGUGAUGGACGUGCAAACUGUUGGGCUGAGCUGGAGGUGGUGUGAUUUCAAGGAAAACCACGGCUGUUGUAGAUCAGUGCCCUUCCGACAGCAGGUGAGGAGGGUGCUGACCCAGAGAUGGGCUGGGCACGGAGCAGUGAAGACCCUCAGCCUGUAUUCUUGAGGGCCAUGGGAGCUGUGUGGCUCUUGAGCGAUUCCUUCAGGAUAACGCCUUGUUUCCCCCCACCCCAGUGACGCCGGGAAGGGAGAGCCCCCAGCGCAGCCAUGGAGGGCGGCGUGCAGCUCCUCAACCGCGACGGUCACAGCAUCUCGCACAACUCCAAGCGCCACUACCACGAUGCCUUCGUGUGCAUGAACCGCAUGCGGCAGCGCGGGCUGCUCUGCGACAUCGUGCUGCACGUGGGCACCAAGGAGAUCAAGGCCCACAAGGUGGUGCUGGCGUCCUGCAGCCCCUACUUCCACGCCAUGUUCACAAAUGAGAUGAGUGAGAGCCGCCAGACCCAUGUGACACUGCACGACAUCGACCCGCAGGCCCUGGAGCAGCUGGUGCAAUAUGCUUACACAGCAGAGAUCGUGGUGGGCGAGGGCAAUGUGCAGACACUUCUUCCUGCUGCCAGCCUGCUUCAGCUCAAUGGGGUGCGGGACGCUUGCUGCAAGUUCCUGCUCAGCCAGCUCGACCCAUCCAACUGCCUGGGGAUCCGGGGCUUUGCCGACACGCACUCCUGCAGCGACCUCCUCAAGUCUGCACACAAGUACGUCCUCCAGCACUUCGUGGAGGUGUCCAAGACAGAGGAGUUCAUGUUGCUGCCUCUUAAACAGGUGCUGGACCUCAUUUCUAGUGACAGCCUCAAUGUGCCAUCAGAGGAGGAGGUGUACCGGGCUGUGCUCAGCUGGGUCAAGCAUGAUGUGGACAGCAGGAGACAGCAUGUCCCCAGGCUCAUGAAGUGCGUGCGGCUGCCUCUGCUGAGCCGGGACUUCCUGAUGAGCAACGUGGACACGGAGCUGCUGGUGCGGCACCACUCGGAGUGCAAGGACCUGCUGAUCGAGGCCCUCAAGUACCACCUCAUGCCGGAGCAGAGGGGAGUCCUCAGCAACAGCAGGACCAGGCCGCGGCGCUGCGAGGGAGCCAGCACUGUGCUCUUUGCUGUGGGUGGGGGCAGCCUGUUUGCCAUCCACGGGGACUGCGAGGCCUACGACACGCGGACGGACCGCUGGCACAUGGUGGCCUCCAUGUCGACCCGCAGGGCCAGGGUGGGCGUCGCGGCCAUCGGGAACAAGCUGUACGCUGUGGGAGGUUAUGAUGGGACCUCUGAUUUGGCCACGGUGGAGUCCUACGAUCCUGUCACCAACUCCUGGCAACCGGAGGUGUCCAUGGGCACCAGGAGGAGCUGCCUGGGCGUAGCGGCACUUCAUGGGCUUCUCUAUGCUGCUGGGGGGUACGACGGGGCCUCGUGCCUGAACAGCGCAGAGCGGUACGACCCUCUGACAGGCACCUGGACAUCCAUCGCUGCCAUGAGCACCAGGAGACGCUACGUCCGGGUGGCAACGCUAGAAGGCAACCUCUAUGCUGUUGGGGGAUAUGACAGCUCAUCCCACUUAGCCACAGUAGAAAAGUAUGAGCCCCAGAUCAACACGUGGACGCCCAUUGCCAACAUGCUGAGCCGCCGGAGCAGCGCAGGGGUGGCCGUGCUGGAGGGGAUGCUCUACGUGGCCGGUGGCAACGACGGGACCAGCUGCCUUAACUCUGUUGAGCGCUACAACCCCAAAACCAACACGUGGGAGAGCGUGGCACCCAUGAACAUCCGCAGGAGCACCCACGACCUGGUGGCCAUGGACGGCUGGCUGUACGCGGUGGGCGGCAACGACGGCAGCUCCAGCCUGAACUCCAUCGAGAAGUACAACCCUCGCACCAACAAGUGGGUGGCAGCCUCCUGCAUGUUCACCCGCCGCAGCAGCGUGGGGGUGGCCGUGCUGGAACUGCUCAACUUCCCACCCCCCUCCUCGCCCACGCUCUCGGUGUCCUCGACGAGCCUUUGACAAAGGAUCCGGAUCUGCCUUACCUCCGGGGGGCCGGGGGGCCGUCCUGCGGGGCAGCCGCUCGCUGUAGGAGCAGAACGAAGGCACCGGCUGCCACCUCCAGCCCCGCUGCUCCCGUGGAGCCCGGAGCCAUCCCCGGCGCACGCCUCGGAUCAACGCGCCCCAAACCGUGCUUCCUGGGGGACCGCCCUCCUUCCGCAGCACCGGGAGAGGGGGUGCUCCCUCUCCGUCCCCGGGGGACUCGUCUCCCCGCUCUCCCGAAGGGUUACACGUUUCCUUUGGGGAAGGGAACCUCAAAACCAUCGCUGCUUCUCGGAUUCACGCGAUCCGGCCGGUGCCACGCGGGCAGCGCAGCCAGCCCGGAGGCUUCGCCGCGGUGGGCAGCGCUCCUCCCGGGGACGCGGCUGGAUGUGCAACGCCCCUCUGAAUGUCACUGUAGCCAAACUCUUGACCAAGCCUAAUGUGCACUGUUAAAGACUCUGAGGCCACCGCAUGGUUCUCGAUGGUGUCUAAUCGAUGCCUUAAAAAUACACUAACGAAGCCCAGCGAAGGGACAGGGCCUGGAGGAGGUGAAGUAUGGAGACAAAGCCUCAUUCACAGGGACCCAAGCGGCCGUGGGGAGCCGUGCAAGUGGAUGGGGUGGACCUGCUUGCACCCAUCCCUGCUCCCUCCACGCAUCCCACCGCGCCGUCUGGCUGGGAACAGAGCAGCUCGUUGCUGUUCCCCUCUUUGCAGAGCAGAUUCCGGGUUUAUGGCAAGGUCCAGCCUUCCAGACGAGGAGGAUUCCUGGCGCUACUUUUGUUGGCGUUCACUUUUCACCUUUUUUUUUUUUUUUUUUUUUAAUUUGAAGGCGAGAUUUUAAUUUUAAUGAUUUCAUAUCGUUUUAUUUUUACACUCUGCUGGUAUUCCCCAUCCCAUCUGCUUUGGAGGCAGCAGAAGGGAUGCAAUUACUUUUCUUAAUUGUUGAUGAGAUGAUGACUGUGUCCUGGAAGACGUUCUCUAUGGAUGUGUGGGUGUGUGUGCAUGUGUGAGAUACCAUAUGUACAGUGAAAACAGCACGGAAGGGACCGUGUGCAAUUAGCAACUCCUUGGCAAUUAGGCAACCACUUUAAAUGAAGGCUGAAUCAAUUAGCACCGUAAAUCACAAGCCUGUCCUUCCAGAACUGUGCCGUGGAACCUCUGGCGUUGCUUAGAUUUCAAUGUGUGUGUGCUGUAGGGUGCAAGUCUUGGAUUGGGAGAGUGUUCCCCACAUUGCAGGGGAGUGACUCAGCCACCAGUACCUCAACAGCAUCCAGUUGUGGCCUUGGGAACAUGGUGAAACUGUUGGUUUGUUUGCUUGUUUCAGGCUGAUGCCUUUCUCCUUGUUCCCACACUCCUCCUCAUUUCCCAUUUGCAGUGUUUGGAUGUCACUUGUAGGAUCUUCAUCGUAGAAUCACUAAGGUCGGAAGAACCACUAAGUCCAACCCCAACCCACCCCCACGGUGAUGGUUUCGGGCCUGAAUUUUCAAUAGGGAUUCCCUGCUUUUUCCACUCCUUGGGGUGAAAGUGGAGUUUGGGAUGAGCCAAGGACUUCCCAGCUUUGUUCCAAUUAACACUGAAAUCAGUGAAAUAUGCGCAAUGUUGUGUGUGUGUGCAUGCACGAGAGAGUUCUCAAUUCUUUUCUUGCCAUCCCUGUAAGCUUUGUCUGGCUGGACUCCUGCAGCCAGCAGGUCUGGGUUCCUCUGCAAAGGAGCUGCUGCUGCUGAGGCCAACGGGAGGAAUGGGAGAAGGGUGGUGGGAACCUUUAGCAAUGGACGAUGCUGUCCUUGCCUCUGGGGACCAGCAGUAUGGGCAGCGUCACCUCUGUCACCCAUUGGUUGGGUCCUGAGCAAUACCAGCCCUGAGGCUGUUCUGCAAAACAGAAACCUGGGGAGUCUCCCGCGUCCCAUGCCCUAACUAUGCAGGUGCUCACUGCUUUCCUCUGUGGGAAACGAAGGAAGGAAAGGGAGAAAUCGUCCCCCUGCAGCUUGCUGGGGGGGGGCUCGGAGCACCCCGACCCGCACUGUGUGGACACGAGGUGUCGGCACCUGCCCCGGUUGAGGCCGGGGCCGGGAUUGCUUCUGGUGCUGCACGACCUCGAUGGGGGCCGUGCGUCUGUCUGUGUCCGUCCGCGCGUGGUACCCUGCCUGCGGGGUGGGGGGCAGAACCGCCAGCUCUCCGCGGCUUCUCUGCCGUCCUCACUUAGUGCUGUCUCAACCCCAAAUGUCCCUUGUGCUGUUUCCCCUGUGGGCUCUGUUCCUGGGCAGGGGGGGGGGGGAGGCUCCAGCUGUGUCCCCCAGGGGUCCCGCUGUGGGUCUGCAGCCCCCCCCCCCUCCCCGGCUGGCAGAGUGCUAACCCCGUUAUGGGCACGGCUCGCUCCUCGCCGCUAGCAGACCCGCCGUGUCCACGUCCAACCGUCGUCACUUUGGUUUCUCUGUAAGUUACCCAACUUAUUUAUGUGGAACUCCGUUUCAAGGAAUUUUUUGCACUACGUGGGACCGGGGAGGGGAUACAAGCAAUACAAAGCCAACGUGUACAAUAAAGACGUUUUCUUGAAUACAGGAUCCUGCCU